AUGAAGUGCAUCGCAGCUGUAGUCAUGAUGGCCCUGGCCGUUGUUGCUUCGGGAAAUGUCCUCACCUACUCAGCUCCGUGGGCCUACUCAUCCACCGUUGUUCAACAGAAUGUGGUUCCCCGCUGGGCUGCGCCGAUUCCUGUUAGCUAUGCUGCCACCAAUGUUGUCUCGCCAGUUGCCUAUGCCGCUCCGGCACCCGUUGCCGUUGCUUACAACAACGUUGUCCCGGCUGUUGCUCCGGUUGCUGUCGUUGCUCCGGCGGAAGCCCGUUAUCUGGCCGCCAACCGAGGUGCCGUGCACGAUGCUCCCCUUCCGGGACACACCGUGUCGCAGCAAUCGCUGAAUCUUGAACCAGCUGUCGGAACCCUGUAA